GUUCCAUGUCUGGGCGGAGGUUCUAGGAUUUCGAUUGAUCUGCGUUAUAUCUCUUCAGCAAUGCGCUGAAACUUUGUUGAGCUACUCAAUUUUCUUCUUGUACGGUGUCUACAAUGGACGACGACGACUCGGCCAUUGCGCGUCUCAAACGCGUAGACUCGCUCGACGCUCUUCUGCCGCUUCUGACCGAGCUGCGCAAAUUGUCUGCAUCCCUGGCGCUGCCGUCGUCCGAAUCUAUGCAGAUUCUCUCACAUCUGCUGAGUGUGACAAUUCCGGAAUAUUACGAGGCGUUGAAAGAGUACAGGAGAGAGAGCGGGAUCAAGAGUCUGCAUGAGGUAAUGGCGUCCGUAGCUGGUCUGGGGGCCAUUGUCUCUGUGCUCGCCGUGCGGAUCGCGAAGGUCAAGCAGCGGCCGACGGAUGAGGUUGAACAGAGUACUCUGCGAUUGCUGCUUCUAUUUCUCUCUGAUAUUAUGCGGCCGGGAAUCGUAUGCACUCUCAGAGCACAAAUCCGAGAAAGUACCAAGGAAUCGCUUUACUGGCAAGAAAUCUCCGCGCUCUUUGUAGGAAGCAAGAUAGUUGCGACAGUAGCUGAAGCGUUCAGCGUGCUGAGGGAGAACUCGAGGCUGAUAAACGAGUCGUGGAUCUGGAUGGCUGAUGGAGAGCGGUUCACGGAGUUUUUGGCGGUCGAGGCUGUGCGCUUGCAUGAAGCAAAUGCGGUUGAGAUGCCUAGGUUGGCAAAGUUCUCGAGCAGGGCCAUGGCUCUGGGAUAUCCAGAUCACUUUCUAGAAAUAAUAAUCAGCAGAGAGAACUUCCAGGUCGCGAUCGAUCUCUCGACAACUUUUCACUCCGUCGAUCUCAUUGCAUUCACAAAACAUCUUCUACGCCACGUUCAAUUCCGCUUUCUAGACAGACUAGACCCUGAUAACGAUGCAAAUGCUGCAAAGUGCGUCGCAGCGAUUGGGAUGUUGCUAGUGCAGCUUACGCCUCCGAGUCAGGAGAAUCAUGUCAUGAAGUUGUUACAGGGUGGUGUUGGUGGUUUGCUGUUGCAAAGGGCGGUUGUAUGUUGGCUGCUUUUUCAUGGUCUGCAUGAGGAAGUGUUUGAGAAUACUCUGCGCCAGUGGGGAGACAAAGUUGUCAUAAAAAAUCAGCAAAUAACGCGACAAGAAGCACAAACGGAUAUUCUCUUUUUAAUCAUCCCUCACCUUACCCUCCCUUAUAUCAAGCAAAUUACUCAAUCCACCGCUUUUAUCGAGGGCAUAUCAAACAGACUAGGCGCCAUGUCACCGAAAUUGCGAUAUAUGGGCAUGGCACUUGGCAUGGCACUUAACGCGCGGGAUGAGAACAGCCCCAGGCUUAACUUUGACGAAGUUGAGGGUUUUGCGAGCGAGUAUGAGAGGUGGAGAAGGCUGUUGGAGAUUAAUGAUGCGACCGCUAUGGAUGAGAACUGGUGGGAUGAUCUGUCGGUGCCGCAGGUCGGUACUGACCGAGAGAUUUUAACGUCGGAGAGUGAUGUGCAGAUCUCGCAAGAACAUAGUCAACGUGUAACGGGUGAUUCAGAUGACGAAGAGAUAGAGGACGUGGAGGACACAGAAGGAUUUAUGCCUUACUCUCUCGUUGACGAUGGCUCAGAAGACUCGGAUGACGAUCCUACUCUCCGCAACGAAAAAGUCCGGCCUCCGGUUUACAUGAUUGAUCUGAUUGCCUACUUCAACGAGACCGAUGAGUCCAAAGGUUUACAAAAGCACAAGAUUGCACUUGCACAUGCUGCGAGGAUUAUCCUUCGCAAGUCCGGUUUUGGUCAAGAACUGGCAGUAACAUCCAAGGAACUGGCUCAGAUUAUGUGCGGACUGAGGAAUAACUACGGGUUGGACAACUUUGACCAGCAAAAGAUGAACGCGAUGAUUGCUCUCUGCGUGACUUCCCCAGAGACAGUGGGAGCCGUGUAUGCGGAGAAUGUCUCGUUUGGGGAUUACUCGCUACAAGAGCGGCUGAUGAUGCUGUCUAGUAUUGCGCUGGCGAGCCUGCAUCUGAGUGGGAAGAGCACGUAUAACUUUGAUAUCUCAGCGGAAGACCUGUUUCCCAGCAAAAUGCUUCCUGCCAGUGCACAUUCGCGAUUCGCGACCGAGAAGGAUUUCGCUCAGGAUUGGCAUAAGGUUGGGCUUGGCUAUAUAGAUCGCGAGCUGAGGACUAUCAAAGCAGGAUCCUUGAGGGCCUCAGUUGGGAACGCGAUCGAGCGGGCCGACAUGGGAAAGAGCGGGGAGGUCUUUGUCUCGCGAAAGUUGCUGGCCGAGCGAGAGCGGCAGAGCGGUGGUGGUUCGUCCUCGUCGGUGGUGAGAGCGAUACAGAAAAACAGCGUUGCACCGAUUGCCGGCUCCGCGUUUUUCUUCCCACUGUCAAUGCGCUGGAAGUACUUCACCUCGAGUAUCACCAGGAACUCAUUUGGCGAGAUGCUAGUAGCGCACUACAUAAAGACAAUGGCCAUAGUCUUGAACUGCAGCUACCCAUCUGCCACAGACAUUUUUGACAUGUCAGCCGAGCUGAUGGCAAUAGUCUCAACCGUGAGACGUGACGUGGGCGAGCCCACAGUUCUCGAAGCAGUCCUCACGGCCGUGCUCGUGGUCAUGGACGUAAACGAAGAACGCGUGCUCGUAGACGCAUUCUCAAAGCAUCUGCUCGAGCUUAAGGACUACCUCGACGUCUCAUGGGAACGCAUAGGCGAGGAGGAUGUGAGGAAUUUGGCAGCGGGCGUGUUGGUGAAGAUCUCAGAGCUGGUGAGUAAAUGGCAGCGGCGGAUGAUGGGAGAUAUCAUUGAGAUGGGCGGCGCAUGAAAGGAAUUCGAUUCCAUGUACUAUAUAUACUCGCAGUUUCUUUUUAGCAUGACUGUUUACAUUACUACACAUCAUUUGUCAUUAGCUAGAGCACACUAACUAUAAUAGCAUUCAUAUCUGCUGAAGAAUAAUAGAUCAGAUGCAAGUCUAC